GGGGGUGGCUGGUUUUUUCCCUCCCCCUUGCUGGUUCUCUUUGUGCCACUCAGAUCUUGUAAAGCAGAGCGAUUACUUAGAGAUGGCUGGGCAGGAGUGAGGGCUUUACAUUCUUCUGCAGAAUGAGAAUGGUGUGGACUUCCUGUGUUACUUUACAAUUUGGGGGGGGGGGAAUUGUUCAAUGAAUUCUCCCUCUGAGAACAGGUUGGAAGGCAAGAGUAUAUAGAGCCCAGAGACACAACAGAAAAGGAGACCUAAUGUUUCUACUGAAAUGAGCCUGGACCAUAGAGUAUGCUUAUUGCUAUAGUUACCCAGGUUCUGAAUUGUUACCUAAGGACUCCAUUGUCAAUGAGGGAAGAAACUGACUGGGAACUGGAGGUGGGAACAAGGUCCUAAUACUGUUCACCAUGCGCAAAGGGGUGCCAAAAGACCCAGAUGCAGCUGACCUGUUCUACAAAGAUGAUCCUCAGGAACUAUUUGUGGGUUUACAUGAAAUUGGACAUGGAAGUUUUGGAGCGGUUUACUUUGCUACCAACGCCCGCACGAAUGAGGUGGUGGCAAUCAAGAAGAUGUCCUACAGUGGGAAGCAAACAAAUGAGAAAUGGCAGGAUAUUAUCAAGGAAGUCAGAUUUCUACGACAGCUGAAGCACCCCAACACCAUAGAAUACAAGGGUUGUUACUUGAAAGAAAACACUGCCUGGUUAGUAAUGGAGUACUGCUUAGGAUCUGCUUCAGAUUUGUUGGAAGUUCACAAGAAGCCACUUCAGGAAGUGGAGAUUGCUGCCAUUACCGAUGGUGCCUUGCAGGGGCUGGCCUACCUGCAUUCUCAUUUUAAGAUACAUAGGGAUAUUAAAGCAGGAAACAUUCUCCUAACUGAGCCAGGUCAGGUGAAGCUAGCUGAUUUUGGGUCCGCAUCCAUAGCCUCUCCUGCCAAUUCCUUUGUGGGGACGCCUUACUGGAUGGCCCCUGAAGUAAUCCUAGCUAUGGAUGAAGGACAGUAUGAUGGAAAGGUAGAUGUUUGGUCUCUUGGAAUCACAUGCAUAGAGUUAGCGGAACGGAAACCACCCCUCUUCAAUAUGAAUGCUAUGAGUGCCUUAUAUCACAUAGCCCAGAACGACUCCCCUACCCUACAGUCAAAUGAAUGGACGAACUCUUUUAGGGGAUUUGUUGAUUACUGCUUGCAGAAAAUACCUCAGGAAAGACCAUCGUCGGCAGAACUAUUGCGGCAUGAGUUUGUUCGCUGUGAGCGACCGCCCCGGGUUCUAAUAGACUUGAUUCAAAGAACGAAGGACGCUGUGCGAGAACUGGAUAACCUUCAGUACCGGAAAAUGAAGAAAAUCCUUUUCCAAGAGGCCCACAAUGGCCCUCUGAAUGAGUCUCAGGAAGAGGAGGAGGUAUCAAGUUUAUCUAUACCGGAGAGUGAGCAUGGGACAAACCUGAAUAGGAAGAUGGACAGUCUGGGCAGCAACCACUCUAUCCCCAGCAUGUCUGUGAGCACAGGCAGUCAGAACAGCAGUGUCAACAGCAUACAGGAGGUCAUGGAUGAGAGCAGCUCUGAGCUGGUCAUGAUGCAUGACGACGAGAGCACCAUUAAUUCCACUUCCUCUGUUGUGCACAAGAAGGAUCAUGUAUUCAUAAGGGAUGAGGUGGGCCACGGGGAGCGCAGGCCUGAGCUGCGGCCUACCCACUCAGUCCAGAAUCGGGCCCUCCACUACCGGAACCGAGAACGCUUUGCCACAAUCAAAUCAGCAUCUUUGGUUACAAGGCAGAUCCAUGAGCAUGAGCAGGAGAACGAGUUGCGGGAACAGAUGUCAGGUUAUAAGCGGAUGCGGCGCCAGCACCAGAAGCAGCUGAUCGCCCUGGAAAACAAGCUGAAGGCUGAAAUGGACGAGCACCGCCUCAAGCUGCAGAAAGAGGUGGAAACUCAUGCCAACAACUCGUCCAUUGAGCUGGAGAAGCUGGCCAAGAAGCAAGUGGCCGUCAUAGAAAAGGAGGCAAAGGCAGCAGCAGCAGACGAGAAGAAAUUCCAGCAGCAGAUUAUGACUCAGCAGAAGAGAGAUCUGACCAAUUUCUUAGAAAGUCAGAAGAAGCAAUACAAGAUUUGCAAGGAAAAGAUAAAAGAGGAGAUGAACGAGGAUCACAGCACACCGAAGAAGGAGAAGCAAGAGAGGAUUUCCAAACACAAAGAGAACCUGCAGCACACACAGGCUGAAGAGGAGGCUCAUCUUCUCAGCCAGCAGAGACUCUACUAUGACAAAAACUGCCGUUUCUUCAAGCGAAAAACCAUGAUCAGGAGGCACGAGUUGGAGCAGCAGAACAUUCGGGAGGAACUGAACAAGAAGAGAACGCAGAAAGAGAUGGAGCACGCCAUGCUAAUCCGGCACGACGAGUCGACGCGCGAGCUAGAAUACAGGCAGCUGCACACGUUGCAGAAGCUACGUAUGGACUUGAUCCGGCUGCAGCACCAGACGGAGCUUGAGAACCAGCUGGAGUACAACAAGCGGCGGGAGCGGGAGCUGCACAGGAAGCAUGUCAUGGAACUGCGGCAGCAGCCCAAAAACCUGAAGGCCAUGGAAAUGCAGAUCAAGAAGCAGUUCCAGGACACUUGCAAAGUGCAAACCAAGCAGUAUAAAGCACUCAAGAACCACCAGCUGGAAGUGACUCCAAAGAGUGAGCACAAAACUAUUCUGAAAGGCCUGAAGGACGAGCAGACAAGGAAGCUUGCCAUCCUGGCUGAGCAGUACGAGCAGAGCAUCAAUGAGAUGAUGGCAUCGCAAGCGCUGCGGCUAGAUGAGGCUCAGGAAGCGGAAUGCCAGGCCCUGCGGUUGCAGCUUCAGCAAGAGAUGGAGCUGCUGAAUGCCUAUCAGAGCAAAAUCAAGAUGCAGACGGAAGCACAGCAUGAGCGGGAACUCCAGAAGCUGGAGCAGAGGGUGUCGUUACGCAGGGCACAUCUUGAGCAAAAGAUUGAAGAGGAGCUGGCGGCCCUGCAGAAGGAACGCAGCGAGAGGAUAAAGUUUCUGUUGGAAAGGCAAGAGCGAGAGAUUGAAACUUUUGACAUGGAGAGCCUACGGAUGGGCUUUGGAAAUUUGGUCACGUUAGAAUUUCCUAAGGAGGACUACAGAUGAGAUUAAAUUUCUUUUGCCAUUAAAAAAACAAAAAUGCAAACAAAAAAUAUCUCAAAUCCCAACAUUCCCCCCCCAUGUUAACGGGUGUGCUCUCUCUCUUUCUGUCUCUCUUACUGACAUCAUGUCGGACUUAGUGCCUGUAUAUUCUUACUCCAUCAGGGGCCCCCCCUUCCCGCCAAGUGUCACGUUUCAGAGCAGGACCAUUGCUCCGCAGUCUCUCUUGAAUCUCAUAGUGUCUCACAGUAUUGAUGUCUCUGUGCAAUGAUUUUUUUUAUUAUUAUUAAAAAAAAA